AUGUCUGCUACAACUAGUGUCGAAAUAGAAAAGGAAGAUGAUUCCUUGGACUAUUCGAAAUUCAACUCAGUAAAUCUUUUGGGAAAAGGACUCCCAGAUUCUCCUAUAACAUAUAAUCGAUAUUGCUUGCUGGUCACAUUCAUAGCCUUGGUAGUACGAUUGGUUAAAAUUACGUUUCCUUCUGCUGUCGUUUUCGAUGAGGUUCAUUUUGGGAAAUUUGCAUCAUACUACUUAGAAAGAAGAUUUUUCUUUGAUGUGCAUCCUCCCUUAGCAAAAUUAUUUUUUGCAUUAAUAGGAUAUUUAGCCAAUUAUAGUGGAUAUUUUAAAUUUGAUUACGUUGGACAGAGUUACAUAGAGGAUGGCGCAGUAGUGGCACCUUAUGUUGCAUAUAGGGUAGUCAAUGCUAUAUUAGGUACAUUGAUAGUGCCACUUAUUUUUAACUCUUUAAAGGAAUUGAACUGUUUUGCAAUAACGUGUGCAUUUGGGUCUUUACUUUUCGCUCUUGAUAAUGCUCAAGUAUGUCAAACAAGAUUUAUCUUCCUGGAUACACUGCUAUUGUUGAGUAUCAGUGCUACAUUAUAUUCCUAUAUCAGAUAUUAUAAAUGUGAAAUAACUCAUGGGAAAUCAUUUACGAGGGAAUGGUAUAUAUGGUUGAUUCAAACAGGAAUAUAUUUGUCAUGUGCCAUAUCUUGUAAAUAUGUUGGCGUGAUGACGUAUGCAACUAUUGGAAUAGCUGUAUGUUAUAAUCUAUGGCAAUUAUUUUGUCAGUCAAAGAGUACUAGUUUAAGGCUUUUUAUGAGAUAUUUUAUUCAAAAGUUAAACUAUUUGGUCAUGUUACCAUUUCUGUUGUAUCUAUUUUGGUUUUGGAUUCAUUUUCAAAUUCUUAUAUAUGAUAGUGAGGAGAGUGAAUUUUUGUCUGAAGCAUUUCAAGAUAGUUUAAUACCUAACAAAGCCUUUUUAGAUCAUCAUGAUCAGUUUAAUGUUAGAUUCUUUGACAAAAUUACCAUACGUCAUGAUUUUUCAGAAAUAUUUUUAAGCGUGGAUGACGUUACUAAUAAUACAUUAUUGGGUACUUAUGUUACUAAUGAUAAAGUAAUAUGGCAAAUCAUACCAGAGCACGAUUGUGAGGAUUUUGGAUGUGAUUCAGUGUUGACAUUGAACACAAACGUAAAAUUUAAGAACAUUUACUCUGGGAAAUAUUUAUCAUCAAACAAUAUGUUGAAUGAUCCGACAGAUGUGCGUGGUGAAACGACAAAUUUUACAAUGGUUGAUAAAGAUGUAGCAGACACUUAUAUGUAUGAGCACACAUUAUUUAACCUUUUACCCUUAAGGGAAAUCGAUUAUGGUCAUGUUGUAAGUUCUAACAAGACUGCCUUUAAAAUAUUUAAUACAGGAGUAGAAUGUACAAUUUAUAUGGAUAACAAGACAAAUAGCGACUCUUAUAAUGAUGAACAACUAAUCAUGGCUAAUAUGGACCUUAAUAGGAUUGGUUUUGCGUACAAUGAUUGGAAAAUAGAUAGAAUUAUUGACAUAGAUAAAGAAAGGAAAGAUGAGGCAACAGAGAGGAAAUUUAAAGAAUAUCCAUUUUUCAGUAAAUGGUCAGAAUUACAGAAUGCAAUGUUUAUGUACAAUAAUGAUUUAUCAUCCGAACAUGAUUUUGCUUCACAGCCAUCGUCUUGGCCAUUAUGUCUCAGUGGAGUUCUAUAUUGGACUAAAGCCGAAGAUAGGGAUCAGAUAUAUUUUAUUGGUAAUAUUAUUGCAUGGUGGCUUGAGGCUGCUACUCUAUUAAUAUAUGUUGUAAUAAUAAUGAUUGACAUAUUAUUACCUAGUUGGGUCAUAGGAUUAGUUACUUGUGAAAUGAGAGAAGUUUUCUUCGGACCACUGGCAUUCCUAUUUAUAGGGUGGGCCUGUCAUUACUUCCCAUUCUAUUUAAUGGAAAGGCAAAAGUUUCUGCAUCAUUAUUUACCUGCUCAGAUGAUAGGAUGUCUAUUUACCGCUAUUUUCUGGGAAGCUCUUCUCCAAACAAACAAGACAAAACAAGAAGAUUAUACACGGUUAGGAAGGCGAUUAUAUUCAUUUUAUAUGUUUCUCCUUGUCCCAAUAAUAUCAUGCUUUGUAUUCUAUGCUCCUAUCAUUUAUGGGUGGCCCACGCUAGAACCUGAACAGAUACAGCAAAGGGAAUUGUUGGAUAUCCAUCUUAACUUCACAUGA